CACGUAGUACAAUAGGUACGAGUAACUGGUGUAGGUACCUAGAUAUGUGCAAUUUAUUAGCAAUAUCUAGGUACGUUACGUACGUAUACAGAGUGCUUACGUCUUGAAGAAACGGUAAAUCAAUGAUGAAAUAGUUUCAUAAAUAUUCUCCAGUUAGGAAGAAACUCGACGGAUCAAAAUGAUGGGAAGGUUAUCACUUGUGUUAUCAUUUGUGUUAUCAUUUUACUGGUUCAUCAACAUUCAACUAUUUGUGUAUGGCACUGAUUUUGAUGAUCAUGAACGUAACCUGCACCAGUGGAAUUCGUACAAAGUCCAAUUCAACAAAAUGUACGAAUCAGCAGAACAUGACCAAAAAAGAAUGAAAAUCUACAUGCAUAAUUUGGAGAGAAUUGCCAAGCAUAAUGAACAUUAUGACAAAGGUGAAGUUACAUACAAACUUGGUGUGAAUCAGUUCGUCGAUAUGACUUCUGAAGAAUUUGAAAAAUUAUACUUGGUAUCUAAAACCGGCUCCAACUUUGCUCAACAUAAGAAUUUGCGAGUGAUAUCACCUCUUCUUUCAAAGGCACAAACGAUUCCAAAUCAUGUAAAUUGGGUACACGAGGGAGCCGUGACCAAAAUAAAAGACCAAGGAAAAUGUGGCUCUUGUUGGGCGUUUGCUGCUGUUGGAUUAUUAGAGGGACAUUUUUACUUGAAAAAUAAAGUGUUGGAAGAUUUAAGCCCACAAAAUCUCAUGGAUUGUGUAAGAUCAGCUCAUGGUUGCGAAGGUGGUACAGUUCCCAAAGCGUUAGAAUACGUGAAAGAAAAUGGAAUAGCUACGGAAGAAGAAUAUCCAUAUGAAGCUAAGAACGGAACCUGCAGAUACGCUCGAAAUGAACAUGAUUCUUCUCGUACUAUAGAAAAAUAUUCACAAGUAACGCCACUAGAUGAAAUGGAACUUAAAGUUGCGGUCAGUGCGGGGCCAGUUCAGUGUUCAAUGGCUGUUUCUGAUUCAGGCUUUCGCUUUUACGAAUAUGGUAUCUAUGACAGCAAAAACUGUUCUCAAGAAACUACAAAUCAUACUCUUGUGAUAGUGGGCUAUGGUACAACAAAGCACACAAAGCAAGAUUAUUGGUUGGUCAAGAACUCGUGGGGUGUGACCUGGGGCGAACAAGGCUACAUGAGAGUAGCUCGAGGCAAAAAUGUUUGUGCUAUAGAAUCAGAUAACAUAUAUAUACCAAGGUCAUAAAUUGAUAAUUGCGACGCUAUAUUUUUCUUCAAAGCGCAUACCUUAUUUGAAUACUGAUUCAUACGU